UGCCUGACAUUGACCCAGAUCUCCCCCACAUAUCUUCCUUACACCACAUUCCCAUUGGGUUCUGGUCCCCAACUCCUCCACUAUGGUAUAACCCCCUUCUGUCUUCUGCCCUUUUUAUGUUCUCCUUCUCCCUAUCCUUGCCCUUCUCCCCGCCCCUUUUCGUCCCUUCUCCCCCUUUCCCCAUCCACCCCUUCUAUUCCCCCACCCCCCGCUUCUUCCCCCGCCAUCCGACCCCCCUUCUCCCCCCCACCCCGGUUGUCAGGCUUGUCUCUUUAAGCGAGCUGCUGUGAGCUCUCGCGAGGCCGCUCAGGGAGGAGUCAGAGAGAUGGCGGCGGAGGAGGGAGAGACUCUGGAGUCUUGGCUGAAUAAAGCGACAAACCCACUAAACUCAGAAGAGAAAUGGGAAUACAUCAAAGGAUUCUGCGAUCAGGUCAAUCUGGAACUGGAAGGCCCACAGAUUGCAACUCGCCUUUUGGGUCACAAAAUCCAAUCACCACAAGAAAGGGAGGCACUAUAUGCGCUAACGGUAUUGGAGACCUGUAUGAAUAACUGCGGCAAACGCUUUCAGAAUGAAGCUGGAAAAUAUCGAUUUUUAAAUGAUCUAAUUAAAGUCUUAUCACCAAAGUACUUGGGCACGUGGUCCUCUGAAAAAGUGAAGGCCAAGAUAAUAGAAAUGUUGUACAGUUGGACAUUGUGGCUGCCAAGCGAAAUAAAAAUCAGAGAUGCCUACCAGAUGCUGAAGAAGCAAGGUGUCAUAAAGAAGGAUCCUAAAUUACCAAAUGUGAAACCUUUUCCACCACCUUCUCCGAGAAUGGAGAGCUCACUUUUUGAUGACGAAGAGAAAUCGAAGCUCCUUGCAAGACUUCUCAAAAGUAACAAUCCAGAGGAUUUGCAGGCUGCCAACAGACUCAUCAAGAAUGUCAUCAAAGAGGACCAAGAGAAGACUGAGAAAAUCACCAAAAGGAUACAUGCCAUUGAGGAAGUGCAAAACAAUACAAAGCUGCUGAACGAGAUGCUGAGCCUGUACCAGGGAGAUCGUUUACCCAAAGACCAGAUGGAAAUACUAAAGGGCUUGUAUCAGCGCUGUGAGAAACUGCGGCCGACACUAUUUCGACUUGCAAGUGACACCAUAGAUAACGAUGAAGCUCUGGUGGAAAUUCUACAAGCCAAUGAUUCACUCACCCUUGUGGUCAACUUGUAUAAGAAGAUAGUGGAGGGACGUGAAGAGGACAAAAUACCCUCAAAAGAAUCAGCUUCCACAGCUGAUACCAUGCUGGCAGAUUUAACUGAUUUGGAAUCUGACUUUACGAGUUCUGCUACCAUCUCAAAUCUGGACUCCAAGAAGCAACUGCCCUCCUGGCUUGAUGAAGAGCUAAUGUCUUUGGGCUUGAAUGAUCCUCCACUGAUUCAGCAAGUGCAGGGAUCCAUGAAUAGGAACACAUCUGAGGAAGUGACUACAUCUGAAACUGUACCAAACCCCACAACCAAUGGCAGCAGAGGCCUGGCUGGCCUGGACCUGCUGGGGAAGACAGUGAUGGAACAAAGUCUUGGGUCCCGAGUGUCAACUAUUCGAUGGGACCAGCCACAAGUGAAACCCACAUUGAAUGAGCUUCAGAACCAGUCCCUGACCCAGCAGCUGGCUGCAGCCAAGGAUUCCAGCUCACCUGCAACUUCAGCUCAAUUCACAACAACAGGUCUUCUCCCUCAAUGGACAAUGCCAUCUUCUGGAACAGCAGAACUCUGCCAGGACUCCCCCUCCCAACCACUCUGCACUGUGUCCGGCUCACCCACUCCACAGAUCCCAUCACCUGCCAGACCCCAGGAAGCUGGCUCAGAUGAACUGUCCUUGAAGAAUGUCUUUGUGCCUUUGGAGAACAUUAAAACAAGUAGUGUUCCACCCAUCACAGUCUUUGACAGAGAUGGUUUCCGAGUCCUAUUCCACUUUGCCAAAGCCCUUCCUGUGGGGAGGCCUGAUCUUUUGGUUGUUGUCAUCACAUUGCUGAACUCCGCGCCAACGCCCAUAAAGAAUAUUACAUUCCAAGCUGCAGUGCCGAAGGUGAUGAAGGUGAAGCUGCAACCUGCCUCUGGCACAGAGCUCCCUGCAUUCAAUCCUAUCCUCUCACCUCCUGUCAUCUCUCAAGUUAUGCUCCUUGCUAACCCCCAGAAGGAACGGGUUCGCUUGCGUUACAAACUACUCUAUACUUUGGCUGAACAGCUCUUCACAAAAGUCGGGGAGGUCACAGAGUUCCCAGCCGUGGAAAUCUGGGGCAAUCUUUGAGGAGUGAAUGUAUCAGGGUGAAGGAUAACCAGGGAAGGACACAGGUCCUGGGGACACCACUAUAACUAUGAAGGCUCAUCACUGUUUUCAUAUCAAAAUUGCCACAGAAUUCCCUGGAAUUAUAUUGGAUUCCACUCUGAGAGUGAUUGACAAUUGUUGGAAUGAUUAUAUGUUUGCAAGGAAAUGUUGCAACUUUAGGCAUAUCCAGACACACGGUGGGGUUGGAAGGACCUUUUUUUUGCCAGGUUGGUCCUUGUUCACUUUUCUGUAGAAUUGGAGAAUGGAGCAGAUGCAGAAUCGUAGAAAUUAAUACCCAUUCUGUACAGGCAGGAAUUUAAUACCUGCUCCAACAUCAAAUUACAAUUGUUUUUCCCAUCCACAGUUACAUCAUACAUUCAGCAUCAGCUAGCAGGGGGCACAUUGACCCGAACAAUUAUGGUAAGCAUCCCAGCAUCACAUCAAAGGAAUGCUUUCCUUCCACAGAGAUAGACUUGACAUCCAACGUCAACAACUGGGAAUGUUCUCCUACUCCCAACUUCAGUUGUAUCUUUUUGAUCUGUGUGGUUAAACGGCACACCAAGUGCCAUUUAUUCAUUAUAUAUGGAGGGGACCCUGAUAUUAACCCUUGUUUCAAGUGGAUAUCUGCUGAGUGCACAACCUGAUGUCAUAAGUUUUCACCCUACACCAUCAAUACUUAGGUCUGAAUUUCAACCCUGGAGAUUAGCUACGGUUUCCACACCAGCAGUGAGUUGCUGUUCUGUUUGAUUAUGUACUAGGUUAUUCAACAGCCACUGAAUGGAAAAUGGAAGCUGUAGAAAUUUGCACAGAUGUUAUUAUUUGAGGUGCUGGAGAAUUCCUGUUCCAUUAGUAGAUGUCACUAGUUUACAAAACACACAGAAUUCUCUUUUCAAAGCAAUUAAACUAAACUAAUAAAAUUAGACUUUUAGACCCUGUUAUAAAAAAUGAAAUUGUCAAAUGAAACUUGCAAUAUAUAAAUUAAAAUUAAAUUAUGGGUGGAAGUAAACCACUAUCAUGCCCACUAAUUGCAGAAAGCCUCAAGCUCACCAGAGGACUCUGCAUGCUCCCUCUCCAAGGACAAAUGGACGUGGACGUAACCUCAGUAGUCACUCAGGUCUAAAAAUCCUCUCCACAGCCCACUGCCUGGACCUGUCAAUGAUAGUUUGGCCAGCCCCAAGAGCAGACCCAUGAAGGGGUCCCGCGAUCUGCACAACCCCUCUGUCCGUGGUGACCAACGAUUAGGAGCGUGGGGCUAAAGUGUACCAAAAAUUCAAAAGCAGCCCUCAAGAUUUGAAAGAGGGACUGUAACCUGUGUACACAUGGAACAUCAAGGCAGCAGAAAAUACUGGCAACUUCUGUUUCCAUGAAUUAGCUUGAUAUCCUGUUACAUGGGACUGCUCAUGCAACACCCUCCACACCCACUUACUGCAAUCACUUGCACCCCAUGAGAUGUAGAAUUGACCUCUCAGCAGAAAUACAGCCACUGCCCAGGAGGUGAAGAGGAUGUAGUUUCUUAAUUUCCUGUUCUAAGGUCUUUGGCUCUUGGAUCCUUGGCAGUAAUUGUCGCCAGAAGUUUGUCUGCUAUCCUUUAUGUGUAAUCCAUCACAUGUCUGCAACUUUGGUACGGAGAUAGAAGAAGCUAAUGCUGGGGGGGAGAGUGGUUCAUAGGAACAAAAGCAGGUCAUACAACCCCUCAAAUUUGUUCUGCAUCCUUGAGUCAUUUGUCUUUUUGUCCCAACGGUGAAUUAUCCAAUGUGAUGUAAUCAGUAUUUGCAACACAUUAUGUGAAUAGGAUAAUUCAGCAUGUGACAGUGACACCUAGAGGUUUAAUUGUGUGCCUGUCUGCUUUUUAUAACUGCAGUGAAUAGAUGUCUAUUUGGACACUUGUGGCUUAAUUUUCUCUGUACUUGCAAUACACAAUGUACAGAAGAAAGUAACUCCCUUCCUAGUGCCUAACUGUCCACAGACAAUUGGCAGUUGUAGUCAGAAAACAAAGCUUAAGAGACUUCAUGCUGUUGAAAAUACCAUGUGGAAAGUUUGCAUAGCCACCUCUGAGCUAAGAACCAGUUUAUAGUGAAAACAUGUUCUUGGAUAUUGUCAAAGUCUUAAAUGUUUAAGGAGAAAAAACUAGCCUUGAAAAUGUAAUCAAAGUACAUAUAUAUUUUUGCAAUUUUAGAAAAUGCAAUAAUGUAACUUUCAGGCUUUAUACCUGUGUAGGUUUGUGAGACAUUUUCAGCAACAAUACAAUCCAGAUUCUGUAAAAUCACGUGAAUGUAUAUACACUCCAUUUGAUAUUCAGAAGGUUGGAGCCUGGAAAGUGCUGUCAAGUACAAUAAUGUCCUCGUCUUUAUUGUAUUUCUCAGCCUUGCCUCCGUGGAGUAUUCUCACUUCUGACUCAAAGUGUGGGCUCAAGUCCUACUCCUGAGAUUUGAGCCUAUAUCUGAGUUGACACACUAUCAGAGGUGCAUCUUUUAGAUGAUCCGUUAAAACUUGUCUGCCUGUAAUAGUGAUGGUAGAGGACGUUAUGGCACUAUUUCUCCCCAAACAAACCCACACACUGAAACCUGGGCCAACCUUUUUUUCCCAAGUGAAUGUUACAAGAAGUGCAAUAAAAUUUAACUUUUCUCCAUA